GGCGCAGUGGGCGCUGCGGGCUGGAGCCGCGGCUGGCGGCUGCCUGUCCGCGCCGGGUCUGGCCGAGUCUCACGUCGCCGUGCAGUGCGCCAGGUCUCCGGGAGAUGGCUUCUCCCCUCUCGCCCGCUGCUCCCGCUAUUGUCUCACCUGGGGUUGCCUGACUCUGCGGGCUCGCUCACGCUCUCGGCCUAGAGGACUCCCCGCCCCCGCCCCCCCGCCGCUGCGAGCUGGUCCUCGCGACCUCUCCUGCCUCUUUGCCGCCCCGGGAACCCUGGGGCCGGCGCCCGCCGCGUGCAGCCCGGAGGGGGAGCGGCCCGGGAGGAGGCGGUGCGCGGCCGCCUCGCGUGGGUGCCGGAGCCGCCCGGAGCCGUGGAGCCAGCAGCCCAGGUCGCCGAGCACACGACACGUCGGGUUUUGCAGGAAACCCGCAGUGAGCACAGGGGCCCAGACACCAUGCCACAACCCUGCAGAACUGACAUUGCCAGGAAGUAGAAGACUUCCUUGUUUCCUCUGUCCCCCAUCCUCACCAUGUCUUCGACUCAGGGCAGUGGGGAUCACUGGAAGUCACUGGAGUCUGUGGGCAUCAGCCGCAAAGAGCUGGCCAUGGCCGAAGCCCUGCAGAUGGAGUAUGAUGCUCUGUCCCGGCUUCGGCACGACAAGGAGGAAAGCAGAGCCAAGCAGAGCACAGACCCCUCUCUCAUCAGCUGGGAUGAGCCUGUCCUAGACUUCUACAGCAAGCCAGCGGGAAGGCGGAAGGACCUCAAGCUCUUACGUGGUCUCUCUGGCUCUGACCCUACCCUCAAUUACAACUCGCUCUCCCCACAGGAAGGGCUGCCCAACCACUCUACCUCCCAGGGCUCCCAGCCUGGCCCAGAUCCCUGGCCCAAAGCCUCCCUGGCCGGAGACUAUCUCUACAUUUUUGAUGGUUCAGAUGGGGGGCUCUCUUUGUCCCCAGGACUGGGGGACACAGACGACUCUUUGAAGAAACUGUCCCCACCUCCUCUGCCUCCCCGAGUCUCUAUCUGGGACACUCCUCCCCUGCCUCCCAGAAAGGGGUCCACCUCAUCCUCCAAGAUCUCCCGGCCCAAUGACAUCAACACUUUUUCUUUGGUCGAACAACCUCCAGGCAAACUGCUGGGGCAUCAGCUCCUAGAAGAGGAAGAGGAGCUGGGAGGUGGGGGUCCAGGGCGCCUACUGGGGUCCAUGGACUACGACGGUAUCAAUGAUGCCAUUACACGGCUCAACUUGAAGUCAACCUAUGAUGCAGAGAUGCUGCGGGACGCCACCAGGGGCUGGAAGGAGGGCCGGGGACUCCUGAACUUUGGCAAGGACACUCCUGGAAAACCUGUGGCCCGGAGCAAGACCAUGCCCCCUCAGGUGCCCCCCCGCACCUACACCUCCCGCUACGCCAACCGGAAAAAUGGGACAUCUGGCAAGAACCUCCAGAUUUCUGCAGCUCCGGUGGGCUCCCGGCCCCACGCCAUCGCCAAUGGCCAUGAGUUGUUUGAGGUCUCAGAGGAGAGAGAUGAGGAAGUUGCUGCAUUCUGCCACAUGCUGGAUAUCCUCCGAUCUGGCUCUGAUGUCCAAGACUACUCCCUCACGGGGUAUGUCUGGAGCACUGUCACCCCAAGCCCAGAGCACCUCGGGGAUGAGGUUAACCUGAAGGUGACCGUGUUGUGUGACAGCCUGCGGGAGCCGCUCACUUUUACCUGCAACUGUUCCUCCACUGUAGACUUGCUCAUCUACCAGACCCUGUGCUAUACCCAUGAUGAACUGAGGGGUGUCGAUGUGGGUGACUUCGUGCUAAAGCCCUGUGGGCUGGAGGAAUUCCUGCAGAACAAGCACGCCCUGGGCAGCCACGAGUAUAUUCAAUACUGUCGAAAGUUUGACAUCGACAUUCGGCUACAGCUGAUGGAGCAGAAAGCUGUACGCGGUGACCUGGCCCGGACGGUGAAUGAUGACCAGAGCCCCUCCACCUUGAACUACCUCAUCCAUCUGCAAGAGAGGCCGGUCAAGCAGACCAUCAGCAGGCAGGCCCUGAGUCUUCUGUUUGACACUUACCACAAUGAGGUGGAUGCCUUCCUGUUGGCUGAUGGCGACUUUCCACUGAAGGCCGACAGGGUGGUCCAGUCUGUCAAGGCCAUCUGCAACGCCCUAGCCGCUGUGGAAACCCCUGAGAUCACCAACGCUCUCAACCAGCUGCCCCCCUGCCCUUCCCGAAUGAAGCCUAAAAUUCAGAAGGAUCCCACCGUCUUGGCUGUGAGGGAAAACCGAGAGAAGGUUGUGGAAGCCCUGACAGCUGCCAUCUUGGACCUGGUGGAGCUGUACUGCAACACGUUCAAUGCAGACUUCCAGACAGCGGUGCACGGGAGCCACAAGCAUGAUCUGGUCCAGGAGGCCUGCCAUUUUUCUGGGCCCCUGGCCUUUACGGUCUAUGCCACCCACCGCAUCCCCAUCAUCUGGGCUACCAGCUAUGAAGAGUUCUACCUCUCCUGCUCCCUCAGCCAUGGCGGCAAGGAGCUGUGCAACCCCCUGCAGACCCGAAGGGUUCACUUCUCCAAGUACCUCUUCCACCUCAUCAUCUGGGACCAGCAGAUCUGCUUCCCUGUGCAGGUGAACCGGUUGCCUCGGGAGACCCUGCUGUGUGCCACUCUCUAUGCUCUGCCCAUCCCCCCACCCGGGAGUUCCUCGGAGUCCAAUAAGCAGCGGCGGGUGCCCGAAGCCCUGGGCUGGGUCACUGCUCCGCUCUUCAACUUCAGGCAAGUCCUGACCUGUGGCCGGAAGCUUCUGGGCUUAUGGCCAGCAACACAGGAAAGCCCCAGUACCCGUUGGAGUGCACCUAAUUUCCAUCAGCCAGAUAGUGUCAUCCUGCAGAUUGACUUUCCCACCUCAGCCUUCGACAUCAAGUUCACCAGCCCCGCUGGAGACAAGUUCAGCCCCCGCUAUGAGUUUGGCAGCCUCCGGGAGGAAGACCAACACGUGCUUAAAAACAUCAUGCAGAAGGAGUCCCUGUACUGGCUCACUGAUGCUGACAAAAAGAGCCUGUGGGAGAAGCGGUAUUAUUGCCACUCGGAGGUGAGCUCACUCCCCCUGGUGCUCGCUAGCGCCCCCAGCUGGGAGUGGGCUUGCCUGCCCGACAUCUACGCUCUCCUGAAGCAGUGGACCCACAUGAACCACCAGGAUGCCCUGGGGCUCCUGCAUGCCACGUUCCCAGACCAGGAGGUGCGCCGUAUGGCUGUUCAGUGGAUUGGCUCCCUCUCUGAUGCUGAGCUGUUGGACUACUUGCCCCAGCUCGUGCAGGCCUUAAAGUAUGAGUGCUACCUGGACAGCCCCUUGGUGCGCUUCCUCCUGAAACGAGCUGUCUCUGACUUGAGAGUGACUCACUACUUCUUCUGGUUGCUGAAAGACGGCCUCAAGGACUCUCAGUUCAGCAUCCGCUACCAGUAUCUGCUGGCAGCCUUGCUGUGUUGCUGUGGCAAGGGGCUGAGAGAGGAGUUUAACCGCCAGUGCUGGCUUGUCAGUACCCUGGCCAAGCUGGCCCAGCAGGUCCGGGAGGCUGCCCCGUCUGCACGGCCGGGGAUUCUCCGCACAGGCCUGGAGGAGGUGGGGCAGUUUUUUGCCCUCAAUGGCUCCUGCCGCCUGCCGCUUAGCCCCAGUCUGCUGGUUAAGGGCAUUGUGCCCAGGGACUGUUCCUACUUCAACUCCAAUGCAGUCCCCCUCAAGCUCUCCUUCCAAAAUGUGGAUCCGCUGGGCGAGAACAUCCGUGUCAUCUUCAAGUGUGGGGACGACCUUCGCCAGGACAUGCUGACCCUGCAGAUGAUUCGCAUCAUGAGCAAGAUCUGGGUCCAGGAGGGGCUGGACAUGCGCAUGGUCCUCUUCCGCUGCUUCUCCACUGGCCGUGGGAGAGGGAUGGUAGAGAUGAUCCCCAACUCUGAGACCCUGCGCAAGAUCCAGGUGGAGCACGGGGUGACCGGCUCCUUCAAGGACCGGCCCCUAGCCGACUGGCUGCAGAAGCACAACCCUGGGGAGGACGAGUACGAGAAGGCUGUAGAGAACUUCAUCUAUUCUUGUGCUGGCUGCUGUGUGGCCACGUACGUCUUGGGCAUCUGUGACCGUCACAAUGACAACAUCAUGCUGAAGACGACUGGCCACAUGUUCCACAUAGAUUUUGGCCGUUUCCUGGGCCACGCCCAGAUGUUCGGGAACAUCAAGCGGGACCGUGCCCCCUUUGUCUUCACCUCGGACAUGGCGUAUGUCAUCAACGGGGGUGACAAGCCUUCCAGCCGCUUCCAUGAUUUUGUUGACCUUUGCUGCCAAGCCUACAACCUCAUUCGCAAGCACACCCACCUCUUCCUCAACCUUCUGGGCCUGAUGUUGUCCUGUGGGAUCCCUGAGCUCUCAGACCUGGAAGACCUCAAGUAUGUGUAUGAUGCCCUGAGGCCUCAGGACACAGAGGCCAAUGCCACUACCUACUUCACCAGGUUGAUUGAGUCCAGCCUCGGCAGUGUAGCCACAAAGCUCAAUUUUUUCAUUCAUAACCUGGCUCAGAUGAAGUUCACAGGCUCAGACGACCGGCUGACCCUUUCCUUUGCUCCCCGAACACACACUCUCAAGAGCUCUGGCCGCAUCACUGAUGUAUUUCUCUGCCGCCACGAGAAGAUCUUCCACCCUAACAAAGGCUACAUUUACGUGGUAAAGGUGAUGCGAGAGAAUGCUCACGAGGCCACUUACAUCCAGAGGACGUUUGAGGAGUUCCAGGAGUUACACAAUAAGCUGCGGCUGCUCUUCCCUUCUUCCCUCCUGCCCAGCUUCCCUAGUCGCUUUGUGAUUGGCCGCUCACGGGGAGAGGCGGUGGCGGAGCGGCGGAGAGAGGAGUUAAAUGGCUACAUCUGGCACUUGAUCCACGCAGCCCCUGAGGUGGCCGAGUGUGAUUUGGUGUACACCUUCUUCCACCCCCUGUCCCGGGAUGAGAAGGCUGCGGGCACCAGCCUGGCUCCCAAGUCCUCAGAUGGCACAUGGGCCCGGCCGGUCGGAAAGGUUGGGGGAGAGGUGAAGCUGUCCAUCUCCUACAAAAACAACAAACUCUUCAUCAUGGUGAUGCAUAUUCGGGGCUUGCAACUGCUCCAGGAUGGGAAUGAUCCCGACCCCUAUGUCAAGAUUUACCUCCUUCCUGACCCUCAGAAAACCACUAAGAAGAAAACCAAAGUGGCCCGGAAAACCUGCAACCCCACCUACAAUGAGAUGCUGGUAUAUGAUGGAAUCCCCAAGGGAGACCUCCAGCAGCGGGAGCUACAGCUGAGUGUGCUGAGUGAGCAAGGAUUCUGGGAGAACGUUCUGCUGGGGGAGGUGCACAUCCGCCUGCGAGAGCUGGACCUGACCCAGGAGAAGACCGGCUGGUUCGCACUGGGAUCUCGAAGUCAUGAGACUUUAUGAGCCCAGUGGAGCCGUGGCCCAGGACCCCAGGCUCAUGGCAGAGCUGGAGGAGAGGACUCUCCCUGCUUGACUUGCCCCUUCCUUGUGUAGGGGCAGGGCCCUCGGUGGGGCUUCCCUCUGUCCCGGCGGAUCGGGCCUCCGUGGUAGGAGGCAAGGAGGGUAAAGAUGCUCUCUGCUAUCCGCUCCUCUGCAGACUGCAUUUGGGUUGGUUGUGAUGAGCAGCCCCUUGGAGGCUGUGAGGGUGCAGCAAAGUUUUAAGUUUACCUUGUGUCAAGGGAGCAAUGCCUGGUUUGAGGUGUGUGGGGUGGGCUGUAGAAGUAGCAUUUGGGGGGAGGGUGGGUGGAUAUCUUUAUUUUUAUUUUUAAAAAAUGAAAUAGUAACGUUGUCCUAACUGGACAGGAAGCCUUGUGAGAAGGGACUUACAUGUGCCUCAGAAGGCAAAAGAGGAAUUGGACUUUUUGUAUGAUUGAGGUUCUUAUUGGACUUUUCCCUAGGAUUUUGUUUGUUUGUUGUUUUUGCAUUUCUAUCUAUAGGAAUUAUUUGGGGAGGGGCCCAGUGGGCCCUCAGUUAGUGCCCUCCGUCUCUGAGGCAGGUCAGGAGGGACAAGGAGGGCUGCGUGUGCUGGACUGAGGCCUGCGCCACUGGGCCUUUCUGAUUUUGCCUCCAAAGGAGAGCGAUGUGAUACCUUCGUGUGUAAGGAAGGGCGCUCCGUAUGGAGGUCUGUAGAGGACCUGUGUUCAGGGACCUGGGCUCUUUUGGGGGGAGUUUUUCCUCUCGUCUUCCCCUAUUUUGCUAGGACUUGCCCUGAAUACUGUCUUCUACCCCUCCAUUCAGCUCUUCCGGGGGUCAUCUGGUCCCUGUGAAUACGCCUGGGUGCUCCCCCAUAGGUCUCUCCCUUCAUUUUUCUCUGGUGGGAUAAACUGCUGCCUCGGCCCUUAGGUUUGGUUUCACCCCAGGGUGUCUUGGCCCUAGGAAUGGGCCUCUAGGCUGCAGACGUCAGCGUGGCUGGCUGUUGGGUGGUUUCUGGGAAGCUUUCCUCGUCAUCCACCACUCCUUUUGUUUUGCUGCUUCUCUCCCAAACUCCAUUUCUGUCACAUUUUUUUAAUAAGAAUUUCUCUCAUUCUAUGGGGCCAUAAACCUAUUUUGUCUGGAGCCAAAGGGAUGCCCCAGCUGAAGAAAAGGGGUGCGGGUGGGGAAUCCCAUCAAAACUGUUGUUUUUGCCAGUGAUUUUCUUUGGUUGUGAGGAGGCUGGAUUGAGCUGAGCUGGAAGGGAGAGACUGGGUCUCUGAUCUCUUAAUACUCUUCAUUCCCUACCAAAUGGAUUUGAAAUUCACUCGUGCGCUUUACUCCGAAAGGUUGUCUUCCUAGAAAAAAGGAGAGACUUUGAAUUUGAUAUUAACUUUCUAAGUUGGCUGGUUGUGCCCGGUGACUGGGGAAUGGAGUUAAGUGGGGAUACGAUGUGGACUGUCCCUCCCCAGCUCCAAGGAUCAGAAAUUCCCCCUUUCGCUGACUCAUUCCAUAACUAGAGAAAGAAGCUCCAUUCAUUGAAGCCACAGAGCAGCAAGGAAGUUGAAACUUUUAAAUUUAAAAUGUAAAGGAUAAAGCUGGCUGCUGUGGGCAGGGGUUAGGGGAGUGGAGAACAGAGGUGGAACUUCUCUAGAUGAAUGGACCAGAGAUGUGUUACUGGCUUUUUGCCUGUAGCUCAUUUUACUUUGACCCUCUAUGCCCCUGUUAAAGAGAGAGGUCUGUGUACUGUACCCACAUCCCAGACAUCCUUUUUCUCCUACUUUCUCUGGAAUUGUAUUUUCUAAUAAAUGAUGUUUAGAAAAACAAAA